UUGGCCAAACACACUCAACCAAUAUGAAGUGAGAAUCUCCAGUUAGGCUUUGUGAAAUCUCUGGACUUACAGAUUGGCAGUUUCCUCAUAGUGAUCAGUUUUAUUUUGAUUCCUACACAAGAGUGCUCUGGAGACGUUUGACAUGAUUUGGUUCAUUUUGGGGCUUAUUGCGUGCACUGUGGGAUUCGUGACGUCCUAUAAGAUUGAGGAGGACAUUGCAUAUGAAGAGUCUUACGGCAAAUCAUGUUUCCGCCCUUAUAAGAAAAUUGGCUCCCAAUGCCUCUUCUUCAGUCGGCCAAUGGCUGCUUGGGGCAUCUCGGAAACGUGGGAAGAGGCCUAUCUGAAUUAUUACGAUGCCACGGCCAUGUGUCGGAAUCACGGUGGUGAUCUGGCAGAGCGAGUGGAGGAUUUCCAUGCUGCCAAACGCCAUUGUCGACGUUUGAGAGGGCGUUGUGCACCCAGUUUCUUACACAGGGAUAACAAGUGUUUCCAAUGGUCGCCACUAGAUGGCAGUGAGGUAGAGAUCCCGUGUCGGAAGUGGGAAAUUCAAAUGCGUUAUAUUUGUGAAAUGAAAGAUUUUGAAGACGACAAAUAAACAACUGAUAAUUCAAUUCCCUCAGGAUGUCAAUUAAC